CUCAUUUUUCUUACCUUUCACUUGCUUCCAUGCUGCUUGUGACCUAGCCCGUUGCUUCUGCAACUGCAAGUACGCCAUGCCACUAUUAUUCGCUCUCCAGAUCUUCUUCUUCUUCUUCGUGUUUUUCUCAUCUAUUCGUCUCCACAUAGAUCAGAGACAUGAAAGCCAAGGUCAAGGGUCGAUAUGAAGCCCAUCGAGGCGCUGCCUCGGCCGCAUUAUCCAUAACGUCUGACGAUCUCAAGCUCACCGGUAUCCUAACCGACGCCACCUUCUCCAAUGCCCCCGCGCUCACCGGACUCGCCCUCUCCAUCCAGAAACCUGGCUCCUUCUCCAUCGUUUUUGAUGUGCCCAAAAAGGAUAUCAACUUCCAAUUUAUGAAUGAGGUGGCCUUGAUGGGUCAAGCAGUGAGGUUGACAUACACUCGCACUCAUGCUCUAGAUGGCAAUGGCCGGAUGGCACUUGUAGGGUCAACAAACAUCAAUAUUGCAAAUAAGGUUGGGUUGGGUUAUGAGUUUUGUACAGGGGUGAUUAAGGUGAGGUAUGCCUACACUCAUGGAGAUUUAGAGAAGAAGAUAGUGGUUGAGCCUUGUUUAGAUUUGUCAAAAAAUGCAUGGGAGUUUGCAGUGACGAGAUGGUUUGAGGGGAGGGGUUCUCUUAUGGCUGUGUACCAUGCUGGAUCAAAGGAUCUUGGGAUUGAGUGGCGCAAGAAAUCAAAGGUUAAUGGAUCUUUUAAGGUGACAGACGCCACGAGGCAUAGCAUGCAAAGGAGGAGCAUGAUCUCGAGAGGAGCCCUACCAGUCCCAGAGGUACCAAAACCAACACCAGCACCUACAUAUCAACCAUCGUUUAAUGAUACUAUGAUAAAGCAAUUUGACUGCUUAGAGAUGUGCUUGGAAACACACAUCCAGGAGUCUAUCGCUCACUGGGACCAACUAUAGCAAUAGCACGAGGCUGAUCGUGCUUUGAUCAGCGACCAAUUUGCCUCGCUUCACCGCUACUUUUAGCCAACACUACCUGAUCAAGGUCCUUCCUAUGAAUAGUGUUGUUCUGUGAUGUGUAUUCUCUUCCUUGUUAUGUGUUUUGCUUUGUACUAUUGUUGUGUAUUAGUGUCGGUCAAUAUAUCUCCUUUUUGGUGAUGUCAAAAGGAGGAGUAUGAUGUUGUUGGGUGUACCGAUUAUUUUCAUUAGUGCAGUUUGUUUACUUAGUUUUCUUU